AUGACAAACUUAAUGCCGUUGGUUUCCCUUUCCCUCAUCAUCCUUCCAUUUCUCACACACGCCAUCUCCUCCUGCGAUGGCCCCUGUACGACUCUCAAUGACUGUGCCGGCCAGCUCAUUUGCAUCAAUGGCAAGUGCAACGACGACCCUGAUCUGGGUACUCACGAGUGCUCUGGCGGAGGAGGAGGAGGAGGAGGAGGCUCCUCACCUGAUCCAACCAACUGCCCGCCCUCCACGAGUAACCCCUCGUGCGAAGGCCAAUCCAACCCUCAGUACUGCUCGCCCCCGGUGACAUCCUCCACGCAAGCGCAUCUCACAUGGAACGAUUUCAGCGAAGGUGGCGACGGCGGGGACCCAUCGGAGUGCGACGAAAGGUACCACGAGAACACGGAGCUGGUGGUGGCGCUCUCGACAGGGUGGUAUGAUAAAGGGUCACGAUGUGGGAAGAUGAUCAGGAUUACGGCAAAUAAUGGGAAGAGUACGACGGCCAAGGUAGUGGACGAGUGUGACUCUGUGAAUGGGUGUGACAAAGCGCACGCGUUUCAGCCACCAUGUAGGAACAAUAUUGUAGAUGGCUCCAGCGCUGUUUGGGAUGCCUUGGGGUUGGAUCAGGAUCUGGGUGACGUGGUUGUUACUUGGUCUAUGGCCUAGUAGUUCUUACUUCCUACUACCUAGUACCUCCUAAAUAAGGCCCAAAUACAGUAACCCUUCAAAAUCAGAGAGCCAAACGCUCUCUUCUCUCUCCUCUAUAAUCCCCCAAACCCUCGUUCGGCAGCCAUGGAGGAGGGAGACGCUGUCUUCCUCCUCCUCCCUUUUUCUCUCUUUUUCCAUUCUCUUUACUCCCCCUCCCCUUCUUGCCUCAUCAGAGGCCAAAACUGUCUCGUGCAACAAACGUUUUGCAUUUUCCUUUAAUUAAUGCCUUAAUUGAACAGACUAAGUUUGAAACUCAAA